AUCGUAAUGGCGGAGAAAAGUUGGACAAUAACAUAUCUUUGCCUGUUAUUGCAAUUCCGUUUUAUCUAACUGAAAAACUGAAUGGUUUAUCCACAUUUAUUCGCAGUGGUGAAAUUUAUAACAAGUGCUCUGUAAUUCCCCCGCUUAAUCCACGUGCAUUUAGACUAUUGUGUAUAUAAUGUUAUUGUAUUUUUUGUGGUAGCAAUUCAACAUAGAAGUUGUAGUAAAAGCAGCAAAAAAUUCCCACGUUUUCGUUAUCGUUAUGCUGAGAAGUGACUUAUCUUUAACGAGAUAGCUAUGGCGAAUUUGAACUUUACAAGAAAUAUUGGAGGCAACAGCCUCGGAAGGUCUAGUGUCAGUUUUGGAAAUAAUUCCAUGUCUGGACAUGUCACUCCAGUUUUUGGACAAAGGGCACCAGAAAGAAGAACCAUUCCUUCUAUGGGAAACAGCGCCAACCAAAUGAGUUCGUUGGGCGGCUACAGUUCCUUCAACUCGGUAUCGGUGUUCGGUGCGGGCGACACGAACACACCGUCCCUCCUGGACCUCAGCGAGUUCCCCUCGUUGACGAAUCGGAAUGCGGCCGGGGACGUGCCCCAACCCAGUCCGAUGCCUGGCGGCAAGCCGUAUGUGGGCAUGGUGAAGCAGCCGACGGCGGAGGCCAGCGAGUUCACCAUGUCGUCGGAGGACUUCCCCGCGUUGCCCGGCACCCAGAACCGCGAGGGCGCCUCGCCCGGCGGCAGCACCGGCAGCGACAAGAUCGGCGGCGGCGCCGGCGACGGCUCCUCCGUCUCGAGGGACAUCGACAAAAUAUCCUCCAAGUCAGGUAUUCAAACGUCCCCCGACGGCAGGGUGACCAAUAUACCGGGUAGCAUGGUGAAUGACCAGUUCGGCAUAGUGGGCCUGCUGACCUUCAUCCGGGCGGCGGAGACCGAUCCAAAUCUGGUGUCGCUGGCCCUCGGACAGGAUCUGACGGCGCUCGGUUUGAAUCUCAACUCUCCGGACAACCUAUACCCAACAUUCGGCGGCCCCUGGGCGGAGCAUCCGUGCCGACCGCAAGAUAUCGAUUUUCAUGUGCCGCCCGAGUACCUCAUCAAUCACGCCAUCAGGGACAAACUCGCGUCAAUGAAGCUGAGUCGAUACAAAGACGAUUUGUUAUUUUACAUGUUCUACAACAAUGUGGGUGAUGUACUUCAGAUCGCAGCAGCGGAUGAACUCUAUAACCGGGAAUGGAGGUAUCACAUGGAAGAAAAAGUGUGGAUAACCCAGGUGCCCGGUAUGGUACUUCUUGAAAAGACUUCUACAUAUGAAAGAGGCACAUACUACUUCUUCGAUGCGCAAAACUGGAGGAAAGUUGCGAAAGAAUUCCAUCUGGACUACAGUAAACUGGAAGGCCGGCCAACAAGGAACCAGAACAUGCAUAAUAGUUCAUGAAAGUUCUUUCCUGACUUUGCCUGACUUUAAAUAAAUGAAAAGUGUAUACAUUAUAUUAUGAUUGCUAGUUUUAAGGAUUCAUGUCUGAUAGAUAAAUGUCAUUUCAGCAUUUCUUUAUCAGAAGAGUAAGAGAAGUAUUAAUUAUGAAAUGAUUAAAGUUAUAUAUCUAUACAGUUUUCAUUUCAUUUGUAAAUUUACUGUACAAUAUUAAUAAAUACCAUUAUGAAUUAA